AUGUAAGUUUCUAAUGGGUAAGUCUAAUUAAUUUAGCCUAAGGAAACUGUCAUCUGCGAUAUCCUGAUAGCUAAAUUCUAAAGCAUCAUUUAGCAAAAGAGUAAGGAAAUAUUGGACAUCUAUAAUGAUAGUGAUGGCCUAUUUAGAGAGGAAAACGAUAUCUACUCAGGAUAGAAGUAUGCCACUGAACAAUAGUAUCAGAGAGCACUUUAAACUCAAUAUGCAAUGAUGAAUUAAGUCAAUCAUGGACAGGAGGUACCAAAGGCAUUGAAGCCAGAUGUUUGGAGCAAUUUUUAUGAGAAAUAUCAUGAAAUCGACGUCUUCCAUAAGAAGUACAAUUAAGCAACUCUAAUUGCAGAAAACGAUAACCUAGACGCUGAGUCCAUGUUUAAUAAGAUUAUGGAGGAGAUCAUUUAAUACUGUGAGAAGACAUUUUCUGCAGAGGAAGGAAAUGGCAAGUAUGUGGACAUGCACAGUCUCUUUUUGCAAUUCUGUAACAUUAAGAAACUCAGGAAGCACAACUCUAUCAAGUCUGAUGAUUACUUGACUUGGCUUUAGAACUUUGAUAAAUUGUAUUUGGUUCCAUUGUAUCUGAAGAAUAGCACCAAGUAUGAGAACUAUUUGGUUAACUUGAAGGAAUAUUUGGUUGACUAUUUUAAAAAGACCUAACCACUUGUAGAUUGGUCCAAGAUAGAAGACUAGCAAGAGGAGACAUUUCAAUCUGAGUGGGAAUAGUGCAGUCUGUUUGGUUGGGAGGAUACCAUUUAGAGAAUGAAUGGCUAGAGUGCUUAAGAAAAAUAACUGAAUCCUCUGCAUUGCAUUGCCUGCAAUAAAACAUAUGCAAGUGAUAAUGUAUUUAUGCAUCAUAAGAAGGGUAAAAACCACAUUAAGGCCGUGAAUUUGUUAAGUAAAAAGGCAUAGACAAAUCAAGUGAAUUAGUCAGCUGCUUUAAAUGAUCAGGAUUAAAUGAAGAGUGAAUUCAAUGACAAUGAGAAGAGGAAGCUUAAGAAAAUAGCUCAUUUAGAAACUUGGAUACUUAGAAUGAAAGAUUUGCUAGGAGAUGUAAUACAUUCCACUGAAAAUCUAAUCAGAAAAAAGCAAUCCAAACAUUACAAUGAAAUUGAAGCAGAUUAUGAAAUGAACUAGGAUUCUAAAAAUCCACUCUUGGGAGGAGAGGUAGGCUCUGAUGAUGACGAUGAAAGACCAAAAUAUAAUCCUAAGAAUCUCCCAAUGGGCUGGGAUGGAAAACCUAUACCCUAUUGGUUGUAUAAGCUUCAUGGACUUGGCAUUGAAUUUAAGUGUGAGAUUUGUGGAGGAGCAAGCUACUGGGGUAGAAGAUCGUUCGAAAAGCACUUUUAGGAAUGGAGACACGCCUAUGGAAUGAAGUGUCUCAAAAUUCCUAACACAGUUCACUUUAAAGAUGUCGUUGAUAUUGAGCAUGCUCUCAGACUGCAUAAAAAGAUCUUGUCAGAUAACUUCGAGGGCACCUUCAAGCCUGACUUCUAAGAGGAAUUUGAGGAUGUGGAUGGAAAUCUUUAUUCUAGAAAGUAAUAUAUUGAUUUAAAGAGACAGGGAAUCAUUUGA